AUGUUUACUGGCCCGAACGGUCUUCGAUACUCUGGUCUGAUCCUGGAAUAUCUUCCUGGAGGCGAUUUGGCUCAGUUUUUCGAAAACAUGCUCAACAAUCAAGGCGGUGAAAACGAACUUCCGUGGGCUCAGAAUGACGCUUUACGAAUCUCAGCCCAGCUUGUUCUAGCUCUGAACUACAUUCACGGGAAGAACAUCAUCCGUCGAGACAUCAAGCCCGAGAACAUCCUCAUGUCCGCUGAUUUCCAACAGGUGAAAAUUGCGGACUUCAACAUCUCCCGCUCUGCAGAAGUAACGAUUCACACUGGCGUCGCUGGAUCAAUGGACUACUUGGCUCCCGAGACGAUCAAAAAUCAAGGGAGCACUGGGCCUCUCUUUCUGCCAUGA